ACUCUUAUUCGAUCUACGCAGACUAUAUUUCGUUUUUGAAAACAGUGUACGUUACGUUGUUUCCAUCACCCGUGUUUAUUCAUCUGCAUAUGGUCAGAAUUUGUUUCCAGCGAUCGGACAGUAUGCGGAAAACCAGCGUAUCUCCGCAGUUCGUAAAAUCUAUCAAAGAGGGAUUUCUACACCUAUGGUCAACAUAGAGUCAUUAUGGUCGGAUUAUUGUAAUUAUGAGAAGAAUAUCAACCCCACUCUUGCUGAGAAACUCAUAUCAGAAAGAAAUAAAGAAUAUCAAGUUUCUAAAAAAAUAGCGAAACAAUUGGAAACUGUUACACGCGGUGUUAAUAGACAGGCAGUGUCAGUACCUCCUCGUGGCACAGCGCCGGAGAUGAAGCAGGUUGAAAUGUGGAAGAAGUAUAUACAGUGGGAAAAAAGUAAUCCGAUGGAAACUGAGGAAUAUGGACAGUUUGCGAAACGGGGUUAGUU